AUGGCCGGCUUCAGUAAAUCGAUUUACCCCUUUAACGGCAAAAAUGCCCCCCAAAAGUUCAUUACUUGCCCCCACCUUGCUUCUGAGUUCAAGCUAUACAACAUCUUCACCAUUCUUGACGAUUUAGCCACUGUACCAGGAAAGACCAUUAGGAGUGCCAACAAGCAUUCUCUUGGAUAUAUUGGUGCUACAGCAGACUUUCAACUGUACCACUACUAUGACACCUUUGACGGUACUUCUGCCUUGGCGAAGUAUGAUGGUACUUUUGCUAAUGAAGUUGACUACUUCAAUUUUGCAGCCAUAUUUGGAAAGAAUGGAAGAUGCUUUGGUGAUCCUCAAAGCUUAGUUAAGUCUGGUGAUAUGAUUAGCUUUACUUCGGACGUGGAUCUCUUACCCUCUUUGGCAAAGAUAAAGAACAGUACUCCACUGACUAUAACGUUCAUGACUUCAACUCUAUUUUUGAAAACCACAAAAGCAAAAAACAACCAAAAAUCCAAAACACCUACAAAAAUUCAAAAGUCCCCCGCUGCUGAGUUUGAUGACAUUGGAUAUGAAUUGUACACCAUCUUCGAAAAAGAACUGGAAUGCUCCUUGCCAAAGUUUGAAGCAGUUUCAAAAAAGCCCGUGGAGGCUCGUUUGCCUCUGCUAGAAAAUUUUGUGUUGGGAAAGCAAGAAUUGGUCUCUUUUCCCAAGGGGAACACUUUACCAAAAGUAGAUUUCAUGUUGAGAAAGCCCGAAAAGGCUUACUUACCUUUGAUAAAUCUUUCUAUGUCAAAGGGGGCAUUGAUAUCUUUGCCAAACACGGUUUUCUUAUCAGAAUCUGAAAUGGACUUGGACAAGUUUGAGAAAGUCUUUUUGUCAGACCUUGAAAAUCUUCCUCUGUCCAAACAGACACCAUAUCCUUUACCAAAUUUGAGUUCCUUACCAAAGUUUGAGUUAGUGUUGAAAAAGGCCGAAAAGUCCUAUCUGCCAAAACUUGACAUGGUUUCAUUUAAAACACUUAUUUUGAACCAGUUAGGGAAAUUGGGAUCUUUGCCAAACAUGUAUUCCUUACCAAAGCUUGUUAUGGAUUUAGGAAAGCUUAGAAAGGCUUGUUUGUCAAGGAUUGGGAAUAUUUUUCUGUCAAAGUGGGCAUUGAGUUCUUUACCUGAAUUGGUAGUGGUACCCAAGUUUGACACUUUGAGAAGGCCAGAUUCGGUACAUUAUCUAGACAGGGGUGGUUCCAAGCGUGAAUUGGACUCCUUCCCAAAAAUCGUAUUAGAUCGACUUGACAAGUCUGAGAUGGUUCCGUUGUCCAGAAAUUAUGCUUCAAUGGAUACUAGUGGUGUUUAA